AAUCGACGCACAAUAAUAAUCGUUUCUACGACGGAUUCUUGGUUUGCGUCCUGAGACGAAACUAAACAAAAAUGUAUUUAUUAUAAUAAUACACUGCAAUGAAGUGGCAUACGGUGGUAUUUUGGUCCCUGCGGCUUUAUAUCUGAUACCAGGCUAAAGCUAACAGUACAGGCGUCUAUGUAAAGGCUGAGUACCGAAUACCUCCCUGUUCUCUUUAUUAGUGCACUACAUAGGCUGGAGACGCCAUUAUUUCAUACCCUCUGAAGUGAACACUUCAAAUACGUCCGGGUUUAUUUAGAAUUCAGUUUUAAUGUUGUCCGUUCUGGUUAUUAAGCGCUAUUUAAAGUUGUGUUUUCGGGCUCUGCUUGCUGGUUAGCAGAUUAGCCUCGAAUCAAAGACUAGAGGCCUGGUGAUCCGCGGCUUUUCCUGAAAUUCGAAACGGAUCACAGUGAUCGAAUGAUGGGACGCGACGCUGUAGACUUCACGGUGUCUGUGGUUCUACCUGCCGCUGGUAGCGGUGAAAGGACAGGACUUCCGACCCCCAAACAGUUCUGCACCUUCCUCAACAGACCACUCAUCAGCUUCACCAUCGAAACUUUUGAAAGAAUCCCAUGGAUCAAAAGCAUUGUUGUUGUAGUUGCUAAGGAGAGCCGUGACCCGAUGCUGCAAAUCGUCCAGCAGUUUUGUCAUACAAAAGUGAAAGUUGUUGAAGGGGGAACCACAAGACAUAGAUCCAUCUUCAGUGGUCUUCAGGCGUUCAUUGAGAGCUCAGAGGGCCCCGAGCUUCCCAAGCCAAAAGUGGUCAUCAUCCACGAUGCCGUGCGUCCGUUCGUUGACGAGGAGUUUCUGCUCAAAAUCACGUUGGCAGCUAAAGAACAAGGGGCUUCUGGAGCCAUUCGUCCUCUGGUGUCCACGGUGAUUGCCACCACCUCUGAAGGCUUCCUUGACCACUCACUGGAGCGAACCAAGUACAGGGCCAGUGAAAUGCCCCAAGGAUUUCUCUAUGACGUCAUCUAUCAGGCAUACCAACGGUGCAGCGAGUUUGACUUUGAGUUUGGCACCGAGUGCCUGCAUUUGGCCCUGCAGUACAGCGGCACCAGUGCCAAGCUUAUUGAGGGACCACCGACACUGUGGAAAGUGACGUACAAACGAGAUUUGGCUGCCGCAGAGUCGAUUAUCAAAGAGUCUCUCUCGCUGUCAGCGUGCCUCAUCACAGGAGCCAUGGCAGAAACCGUCGAGCUUUCCAGCAGGCUCCAGAAAAACCUGGAAUCCCACCAUAUGACACUGGAUGUUCUCCCAUGCAUAAAGGAAAAUAAUGAACUGCUGCUAAAGACCAGGAACUUCAUCCAGAUAUCUAUCAGUGGUGCAAGUUUAUCUGAAACUGAGGAGAUGGUGAAGGUUUUUGAGGAGACGAAGCAUGCCCUUUUGUACCCGGUUGUUAUUGUAUGGGUUCGUUUAUGUACAGACGAGGCGACAGAUAUCCAAAAGAACGUGGAGCUGAAGGCCAUCAUGGAGCUUUCUAUGAAGGUCAAACGGGGGAAUAUUUUACUCUACUGUGUGCAAAUUCUUUACUCCAAGGUCCCUGAGCUCUGGGAGAGGUCUGUAGAAAGACUCACAGAGAUCACAGAAUCUCUUAUCAGAGACAGAAACCCAGUACUUACUGGACAGAUGCUACAAGCCUGAGGCUCCGUGGUCUCUCUCACACACACACACACAAACACACGCACACAAACACAUAAUACAAUUGUAAUUUUCUUUUUGGCUUUUUUCCAGUUACAUGCAUGUUAUUAUAGCUAAACAAUAAACGAGUGAUAUGCCUACACCUAUACACUCACAGCCCCACCUCAACCUCAGUAACCCAGAAGAUAUUUCACCCCCCCCCCCCUUUUUUUCUCAAAGGUUGUAUGUUUUGUAAAAAAAAAAUAAAAAAAAAAUAAAAAAAAAAUCCUCCAGCUAAACAUACAUUUGGUACCGUUAAAAAAAAAGGCCUCUGCAACUCAUCCAUGGACUACAUCUAAUGUACUAUCAAGACAUUAUAAAACUAUAAUGUGGAGGCUGGUUAAUAAAAAAUACAUCUGUUUUAAGUA